GCCAAGAGUCAAGAAUAUUGCUAUCAUAUGUUUUAUCACUACUUUCAUAUAUUAAGGUGCCAAGAAUAAUUCACCACAAAAUAUAUGAUAGCUAUAGGAUGCAAUCUAAAAUAUGCACUUGAUUUCGUCAUCUAAAUAAAUGCUCUCGGCAAAUGGAUCAUCCUAGCUGAAACCAGAGCACAAGCCGCCAUGGACAGGAGGCAACGGAGAAACCCUUCUGCUUCUUCUUCUGCCUUUUCAUCUCCAGCUUCAUCCUCAUCGCGUUUCCGCUCAGAGAAAUUCUCCUCGAAUCCCCCAAAAACUAGUAACUCCCUGGAGGAUGCUCACCAAUUGAAAAGCAAAUGUGGGAAGCCACAAAGACCAGAGCAAGAGGAGGAAGAAGAGCAAGAUCCGAACAAUCUUCUCUCCUUAGUUGGAACUUGCCCCUUCAUGUGCCCUGCUGGAGAAAGGGCCCAACGUGAACGCCUUCGGGACUUAGCUGUGUUUGAGAGGUUACAUGGAAAUCCUGGGAAAACAUCUCCAAGCCUUGCUGUCAAAAAGUUUUGCAGAACCAUUGCCACUAAGCACAUGCAGGCGUCAGAUGUGCGGCCACUUCCAGUGUUGGAAGAGACUUUGAACUAUCUAUUAAACCUGUUGGAUGCCACGGAACAUCCUUUUGAAGUGGUUCAUGAUUUCAUCUUUGAUAGGACAAGAUCAAUAAGACAAGAUCUUAGCAUGCAGAAUAUCGUUAAUGAUCAAACAAUUCAUAUGUAUGAAGAAAUGGUGAAAUUUCAUAUUAUGUCCCACCACAAGCUUCGAAGUUGUAGCAGCAAGCCAAAUUUUUCUUCAGUUCAUUACCUCAAUAUGGAGCAGCUGAAAAAGUGUCUAAUAUCUCUAUAUGCUCUAUACGAAGAAAAUCGAAAUUCAAAUUCUAUUUACAAGAAUGAACCUGAGUUUUGCUCAUUUCACGUUCUUCUUCAUCUUGGCUCUAACAACCAACCAUUGGGAGAGUCACUCUCUUUGUGGUUGGGUCGUGUACCUUCUCUCAUUUUGAAGUCAAAGGAAAUGUGUUUUGCCCGGAGACUUUUAAGAUUAUUUCGGAUGGGCAAUUAUAAGCGUUUCCUUUGUACUACAGCAACUGAGGCAUCUUAUUUGCAGUACUACAUUAUUGAACCUUACAUCAAUGAGGUUCGAGCAUUGGCUUUAUCAUGUGUAAAUUAUUGUGGCUACAAACUUCAUCCAUAUCCAAUUGCACACUUGUCCAAACUCUUGAUGAUGAAGGAAUUAGAUGUGGAAUCAUUUUGCAAUGCUUGUGGUCUUGAGACCAGCACUGGUGAACGGGGAAAUAAGUUCUUAUCAACCAAGCAAACAAACUUCCAUUAUCCCAAGGAAGUCUUUCCAAGCUACUGCCUUCUGGGUUUGGAACACUUUUAGAGAAACAUUCGAAACUCCAUGAAUCUAUGGUGCUGUGGUGGCCUACAUUCAUAUAACUGGGGACACUUUGGUUUGCACUACAAUGACCCCCAAACAUGGUUUGUAGAGACUUUAUCAAGAUCACUAGCUUCAAAAGACUAAGGAAAGAAAGAUGUUCUCAAUGAAAACUUGGAGUCGAAUUGCAGAUAAAGACCUAAAACUCCCACUCAAUGUGUUUUAGGAAUUGUUGUUUCAUGGGGAUAAGCUGUUUGGUUUGUACAUGUCUCCUUGGUGAUACUUAGAGAUUGGCGAAGUAUACGUCUCCUUUGUGAUCUGGUUUGUAUCUGGGCAGAUGAAUGUUCAUGCCAGGUUCAUAUAUGUUUAUGAUAUAUAUCACCCUGGAAGGAUCUAGAUCAAGGGGAUGAGUUUGAAAAGCUUGAGUAGGUUUAAAAUGUUCCGAGAAUUGGUGAGCAUGAUAUAUAUCAACAUGAUAUUGCAGAAGACAACAGAGCUUCUGAAAUAUGUCAGAUUCAAUAGUAGGACAUCUUAUCAGC